AUGGCGAUGUGGAUGAUUAUGGCGCGGCGUACUUGCUAUUUUUAUUCUGCCGUGGGAGGCCGUCUUCACCGACUGGCGUUUCUCAGCACCACACAGGCGGCUGUACGGGCGUACACGACAUCCAAGCAGCAAAAUGACGGUCACAUGGACGACUCGGCCACCGUGCCGCCUGCGUCUCCUUUACCCUCCGCGUCGUUGGAUGCCGACGCCACUUUGUCGGCUCCCCCUGGGACUCCCGAAAAAGACACCAGCACACUUGCUAAAAAAAGCGAUACACAGAUGGAUGUUGAGCCCCUGCGAUGGGUGCAGAACGUGUCUGACGAGCCCUUGAAGGAGCCCAUUGUUGAUGACAAGGGACAAUUCAUUGUCUCCCGUGUGCAGUGGCCGACGGGCGAGAUUGCGUACACCACGCCGCCCCCGCCAGAUGGCAAGUUAAGCCCUCGCUUUGGCUACAACGUGGUGCAAGUGAAGAAGAGCGUGUCGUGGUGGAAGCACUACCAGAAGUAUCCCCGCUUUUCCAUUGCGCACGUCAAUAUUCAUGUGCUCUUUCUGCUGGGGGCCGCGUGGCUGCUCGCGUUCCUCUCGGAGGAGUACCGCAGGACGAUGGAUGAGAUGCGCACGCCAGGGGCGAUGGUUGGGGAGCAGCGGGGUCGUGGAUCGGUCAAUCGCCAGACGCAAAAAAUUGCUUUUACCCCAAACGAGAUGUCAGAGAUCGUUGGCCGGGCGCAGACAAACUGGUUGGACGCCAAAACGGAGGCCAACUACAUUGGCUCAAAGGAGUACACCAUGAAGAGGAUCCCGCGGCCUAAGGAGUUCUCCGUGGAGGACUUUCGCAAACGGUAG